AUGUCGGAUUAUCCCACAUCGAGUGCCGAAGACUUAUCCCUUCCAAGGGCAACUGUGCAGAAAAUUAUAGCUGAGAUCUUACCCAAAGAUAUUGCGAUAUCGAAAGAAGCAAGAGAAGCAAUAACAGAAUGCAGUAUUGAGUUUAUAAUGAUGCUUUCUACGCAGCUGAAUGAUAUAGCAGAAAAAGAGGCAAAGAAAACAAUAGCAUCAGACCAUGUGGUUAAGGCAUUAGAAGAACUAGAUUUCAACAAUUAUCUCGAAAUAAUAAACAAGAUACUAAAAGAACAAAAGGAGUUGUUGAAAGGAAAAGAGAAACGGAACAAUAAGUUUCAAAACUCGGGAUUGAGCGAAGAAGAGCUUUUGAGACAACAGGAAGAGUUGUUUAAGAAAUCUAGGGAUCGUCUUCAGAGCCAGUCGGGCUCGCCAACGCACGAUUUAAAGCAAGAGGAAAAAUAG